AUGUCAAUGGAAUUAUCAAAUGAAGGAAAUCUAUCCGAUACAGAAGAUAUGAUUCGAAAUAUACCUCAACUACCACGUUUAUUGACGAUAAAACCUUAUGUCGUAUAUUUUAUUCAUCGAAACGCAUCACCAUCCAUGUUACAUGAAAUAAUUACAGAAGCGAAACAAACAGAAAGAUUUACAUUUGUACCCAAAUAUAAAUCAAUUGAACAUGAUACAAUGUCCAUGCAUAUUGAACUUAUUCAACAAACUGUAACAAUUCUCGUUUCAAUUGAUUAUUCACAUGAGAAAGACAAAAGAACACUACUUUAUGAUACACUUUGCCAGUUUUUCUCCAUUAUCUUUCAUUCAUCCAAUCUAGUUCAGACAUGGGGCGGUAAUCUGAUUCAUAAAUUAAAACCAUUUCUAUCACAUGAACUGUUUACAAUCAAUCAGAUAAACCAAUGUCGAUCAAGUGACAUUCAACAAGAAUUCAAAAGAUGGUAUAAUCAAACAUUUAUCCAUCAAAUAUGUUGUCACCAUUAUCUUCAAUAUGAUGAUAUUGAUGGACCAUUUUGUUCAUGUACUUAUCGACCGUACAAAUCUGUUUCA